AAGGGUGAGGCGUAAGACAGAGAGAGAAGGUACGAACGCGCAGUUGUGUCGCAGUUACUAAAAGAGAACAGAAGAUUAAGUAUUAUACUUUUGUUUGACAAGAAUGAUUUUUUCUGAGGACUUAAACAAACUUUUCAGAAAUGAGCUUCUCGUCUUGGGGCUGGUCUAUCUUUAUUUUCAACCUACAGUUGGAGGGACAGAAAUCAGAGCGGUCCGUGGCAAUGGCGUCUGGAUCAACUGCACGUUUGACCCGGCUAGGAUGAAAAUGGACAACGUGCCGGUAUCCUGGUAUCUAAAGCAGGGCAAUGGCUCCAGACGGGUCCAAUACUAUGAGAAUGGUGUGGAUCAUCUGCAGGACAGGGCAGCCUCCAGGAGGGGACGCGUUUACCCUGAUAAAUUCAGAGACGGAAAUGCCUCCCUUUUCAUUGAGAACGUGCAGAUGUCUGAUGAGGGGCUUUAUAAAUGUGUUGUCGUACUGAAAGACGGCGUUACCUCUGAAAUCACAGUGUUAACUGUUUUAGCCUCUUCCGAACCCCCUCAGUUGACAGAAGCCCUGGACACUCGCUCCUUCACCUGCUCUUCUAGAAAUGGUUUCCCUCCUGCGCUGGUGACCUGGACCGGUGGCAGUGGGAUGAAUUACACUCUGGAUUCAGUCACGCAGCACACACUGAAUCCAGAGGGGCUGUAUGAUGUUGUGAGUAAAUUAACAAGGAAUGUUACUGAAGAGGAAACAAUCUGCUGUACAGUGUGGAACCAGCCUCUCCAAGAACACAAAACCAACUGCAUGCGAGUCACUCCAGGACAAGAGACCGAUGAUCAGCAUAUUAUACUGAUAGCAUCCCUAAUCCUUGUCACCCUGGCUUGUGUCGGGUUCAUGAUAUACUGGUAUCUCUCUAAAGGACGCCGGAAUCUGGCCAGAAAGCAGAAAAGGAUUUCUAAUUGCUCAGACGACACGGCCAUUAUACUGAUUGGAAAACCAAAGCACGGCGUGCCGUCGCUCAUCAACUCCUGUGUGUUUGCCUACAAGGCUGAAGAGCCCUUUGCUAACUGGGCUGGUGCUGAGAAGGAUCCCCCACAUUAUGCCCAGCCUGAGGAGGUGCCCCUAACAGAGCGCAUCACCAUCACCAGAGCACUGCUGCAGCAGGAGGACAGGUUCUGGACCAGUGAACGGGACUCCUACCUGGACAAGUGGAGAAGGGAAGAACAGAGUCACAGACGCCCUUUUGUGUUUGUGCACAGUUGCAUCAACAAGCUGACAGCAACAACCAAAGAUGAAAUUCAAAAACUGUUUGAAGAUGUUAGAAGUGUUUCAGGCUCGUACCCUUUCACUGCGCUGACCAUGAAGAACUUUGAAAAUGCAGAUGAGCUGAAACGUUUCUUCAAGGAUCUGGGGAGUAAACGGGUGUUCACAUUUCACAACUACACGAUACACGACCACAAGAGAACUGCAAAGAGGGAUGAGGAGUUUUUGGAUUUCGUGAUCGCCUGUAUUGAUGAGACUCUUGUCCCUGAAUUUGAGACGGUACACUUAAAGGAGAAUGUUUGAUGUAUCCUUCACACCCACUGUAUCCUGGUAAAGAGUACAGUACAAGA